AUGACCGCGGCGGCUCCCAUGAGUUCCCCCGAACCCAUGAGCGCACGAACGUCAGCGAUAAAAGCCACAAAUCUCGAGAGGAAAUUGCAGGUUCGCCUCAAGAAAUUGCAAAAAACGGCCGUCGCUCCAGAUGCGCUCGUCGGUCGUGCUCGGGAAAGAUCACUUUCGGCCCCCGGACCAGGCGAAGCUGAGGCCCUCACUGAGAGGGUAUAUAGUCGUCAGCCAGAAUGCCUUUACGAUUGCCGCCGGCUUGCUCUCCGACUUCCACGUGGGCGUCCAAGAGAGAUUGGAAAAGGGGACGCCGCAGUAUGUCAAGUGGAGGAACGGGCAGAAGUGGAACAAGAAAGGCGCGGAGGCGUUGGCGCGAGAGUAGGCCAGGUAGGUCAACAAGAAGAAGGUGGCCAAGUGCGCUGCCGAGACCUUCCUCGACGAGCACGGCGAGCCUUGGAUCGGUCAACUGAUGCUCGGAGGCCCUGGGCCCAUGAAGAAGCUGGUGGAGCAGGAACUUCCCCCGGUGCUGAAGGGACUUCUCAGCAGGAUCCGGGCCACCACGGGCGUGCAUGAAGAUGGCAUCACUGAGCUCAUAACGCAACAGAAGCCCGAGCCGGAAGGGCGGCGUUACUAGAGGAGGAUUAACCCCUACAGAGCUCCGCCGGCGAAAAUGGCCACCUUAUUAGCAUCGGCCCUCAUGUUCAGCG